AUGCCACUGUGGGGACAUUCCAGAGCGCCUUGCGUUCUGGCAGCCCGGCUUGUUAAGGAGCACGAGAGCCUUGUAGUCUCCAUGAUAAUCCCCCCAAACUAUUUCAAGAACGCGGAAGCGGAAAUAUCAGCAGAAUUCGACGAUGCACCAGAGGAAACUCGUCGACGCCUUAGGGUUUUCUCACCGUACAAAUCCGACAAGGAUGACAUCUUCUUCAAUAUAACAGCACUGUUUGGCUCAUUCUCAACCACCUAUAAAUCUCUACUAGAGGCAAACGCGAUUACUUGCGCUCAGACGGGGCAGGUCUUUGAUAGCGCUCCAUCCCCAUGUGCUGUUUUUCUUGAUGUUUACCUUAGCCCUUUGAUGUUUGCCGUACGCGCUAUGUCAGGCAGCACCGUGCCUAUCGUGGGUCUCUGUCCCCUCCAUGCCUCGUUUCUUGUCCAUCUUUAUGGUCCUGAACGAAUGGACGGUCUUGGAGACCUCGAUGCAAAGAUUGAAGCGGAGGCAGCUCGGCUCGGAGUCACAGCCAAGGAUAUCGGAGACACGCUUCACACUAUGCCUGUGGUAUCCGAUUUCCUGAAAUUGGCAUACAAAGGCUUCGAGACGAGCAACGCCAUUUUCUCGUUUUCUUCAUACAAUCUCGAGAAGCAAUCAAUAGAUGCAAUGAGGUCGUGGUUUUCGGAAGACUGGAAUAAGGAAGUAUACACCGUUGGCCCGCUGUUUCCCUCCAAGCCUACCACCUAUAGUAUUUCUUCAAAAACAGCUUCCGGAUCAUCACAGGUCGAAGAGUUUCUGGAGACGUCAUUAAAGAAGCAUGGAGAGAACUCGCUGGUUUUGAUUUCAUUCGGUUCACUGUUCUGGCCCAUAAUUUCUGAAUAUAUUGAAGAGGUUCUAGAGGCUCUGGUGGAAAAAAAUAUCCCAUUUAUACUAUCAUGUGCAUCAAUCUAUGCAACAGUAUCAGACGAGUUAGUAUCAAGAAUACACGCAACCGAAUCUGGGCUCAUUUGCAAAUGGGUGCCGCAAAAAUACGUGCUGAAUCAUCCAGCUACAGGCUGGUUCAUGACACACGCCGGACAAAGCGGCGUCUUGGAAGCUCUCGAUAGUGGUACUCCAAUGAUAUGCUGGCCAUUUGAGUUCGAUCAGCCGUGCGCAGCAGCACAUCUAUCGGAGAAUUUACAUGUUGCCUUUGAACUCGUGCAGGUUAGAACAGGGGUACACGGUAUGAAACCGCUCUACCGACACGGUAUGCAGGCCAAAGGCACCCGUGAAGCUGUUGGAGUCGAGAUCCGAGAGGUUCUCGAUGCAUGCCGUGGUGAUAAGGGCGCGGAGCUACGAAAGAAUGCCCUGGAAAUCAAAGCCCAAUUCUCCGAGUCCUGGAAAGCUAAUGGAGUCAGCCGAAAAGACAUGCACUUGUUCUUGGAAAAAUUUAACAUUAGACUUUAG